CCACCCGGCGCGGCGGUGCGGCAGCAGGGCCCGCGGCGCGCGGACAAUACCGGGGGGCGGCGGCGGCUCGGCCUGCAUCGGCACCGCUCGGCCUGCAUCGGCACCGCUCGGCCUGCAUCGGCACCGCUCGGCCUGCAUCGGCACCGCUCGGCCUCCAUCGGCACAGCUCGGCCUGCAUCGGCACCGCUCGACCCUGCCCGGCUCCACCCCGAUUGACCCCGCCCCGACUCGGCCUCGCUCGGCUCCACUCGGCCUCGCCCGGCCCGGCCCCGCUAGGCUCGGCUCGGCUCCGCCCGGCCCGGCCCGGCCCGGCUCCGCUCGGCUCGGCCCGGCCCGGCUCGGUUCCGCUCGGCUCAACUCGGCCUCGCUCAGCGCGGCCCGGCCCGGCCGGCACCAUGCUGGCGCUCUUCAACAAGCUGCUGGACUGGUUCCGGGCGCUGUUCUGGAAGGAGGAGAUGGAGCUGACCCUGGUGGGGCUGCAAUACUCGGGCAAGACCACCUUCGUCAACGUGAUCGCGUCAGGACAGUUCAAUGAAGACAUGAUCCCAACAGUGGGUUUCAAUAUGAGGAAGAUCACCAAAGGGAAUGUUACCAUAAAGCUCUGGGACAUCGGCGGGCAGCCGCGGUUCCGCAGCAUGUGGGAGCGAUACUGCCGUGGAGUGAGUGCCAUCGUGUACAUGGUGGAUGCUGCUGACCAGGAGAAGAUAGAGGCCUCCAAGAAUGAACUGCACAACCUGCUGGACAAGCCUCAGCUCCAGGGCAUCCCGGUGCUCGUCCUGGGGAACAAGCGGGACCUGCCCGGUGCCUUGGAUGAGAAGGAGCUCAUUGAGAAGAUGAACCUCUCUGCCAUCCAGGACCGAGAGAUCUGUUGCUAUUCCAUCUCCUGCAAAGAAAAGGACAACAUUGACAUCACCCUACAGUGGCUUAUCCAGCACUCGAAGUCCAGGCGAAGCUGAGGCGCCGGGGCCUGGCUCGGAUUGGGAAGAUGCCAUUGUACAAGCCCACACCCCUCUCUCCUGCUCUGUCCCUCCAGCUCUCUCUCUAGAUGGGUAUUUUUAGGGGACCCCAGACUCUGCUCACAUUGGGGCAGAGUCCUUGUUUUUAUUGUAAAGAUGUCUGACUGCCCUCCUCUCCCCCUCUCCUCUCCUCCCCCGUCUCUUCCUCCAUUUUGGCACUGUUCUGUUGUUGUCUGUGUAUACAGUAUAUAUAUAUGUAUAUAUAUUUUAAUUUUUUAAUUUAA